AUGCAUGAUGCUAACUACCAGCAGUUCAAAAGAACUUCUUCUCAUCUUGCCAUUCUAAAAAAAAAAAAUUCUCCCCCAGUGUCAGUCUCUGCAAUAUCUCAGGUGCCUGUAUUCCACGGCCAGCAGUUGACUCUGGAUCUUCCUGAGAGGACACAGAGGUUGAAGUUUGUUAGUGCUGAUAAGAGUGCACAAUUUACUAUCUGGGAAAACAAAACCAUUUAUUUCCUGCCAAGUAACCCCAGAAAAGGCCACGUGAGCAGCGUCGGUAAGAACUGGACAUUCAGAAUCCAACGUGUUACGUUUGACGAUGAGGGAAGCUACAUCCUGCUCAAUCACUCUGGUGCAAUCAUCAGAAGUUAUAUAGUGAAGGUCAAGACCUACAGCAAAGACAUUAAUCGUAUCGCAGGUCAAACUCUGACCAUCAGAGUAGCUCUGGCAGGACUCAAGCGGAGAGAUGCCAUACUUCACUUUUACAGUAAUAAUUCAUCUCUCAUCCUGGUGAAGAAUGGAGUUCUUGUGGGAUGGAACCACCCAGACUACAUCAACCGGCUUAAAGUAACCAGGAAUAAUAUUCAGAUUUUCAAUGUAAAUACAUCAGAUAUAGGCAGAUACGAGCUCACCGAUCGUAAAGGAAGACUCGUCUCAAGCAAUAGAAUGAUACUAGUGGCUCGUAGACAGUAUGCCGCCAAAAAAGGUCUUAAAGCUCUGGUGCUGCUGCUCUGCAUUCCUGGUGGACUCUGCUUUCGCUACAGAAAGAGAAUCAGCAAAAGGUGCCGGUCCACUGAAUCAGACACAAACACAGGGCAGCCCAACACCGUACCAGUGUCU